AUGUCCACCCAAGCGACUCAGUCGCCGCAGGUCCUUAGACCGUGCCACAGCACAAGGCCCAUGACAGGGGUCUGCAGAAGAACGGCCACCAGCGAGAUUCCUUGUUCGGCAAUGUCUCCAGUGCAGGGCCAGCCAUGCACCCCGCAGUAUAUCGAUCCCUCGCUCCUUUGCAUUCCUCAUCUCAACCCACUCUUGAUCAAAAGAUCGUCCCGUGGUAUGGCAGAAGCCGAGAAGCAAGCCGAGACGCCCAACGAGAUAAAUUCUGCCACCAGAACCGGGCAAACUGUUCCCAGAGAACGUCCAGAGCGCAGCCAGAUUGACUCUUAUCGGGUUCUCGAGAGUUUUCGCUUGACGCCCAACGAGAACGCCCUUCUCCUCGAUCUGUUGCCGACCGCAAACCCAACUGAUUCAUCUCCCUAUGAGCGUGAUUCAUACGAAGAGGAAUUCUGGGCAAACUAUGUACAUCUUCUCAAUGGAAGCCACGCCCUGGCAGAAUAA